AUGAGCCGAGCGCCUAAGCGACGAAGGUUAGAGCAAGGCGAAGAGCAAGUCCAGACAUAUGAUCCUCAACAUCCGACGACGUAUAGCCAGUCUGAUUUCCAACUCCAAAGCCUACCGGCAGCGACAACUCAACAACAUUUGAACUGGACCUUAUAUGGUAAUGUACAGACUGUAUGGAACCAGUACCCAACAAAUGCCACGCCAGUCGAUAACGUGAUUGACUACCACAUGGGCAGCUAUAACCAACAAAAUACUAUUGGAACCGAACCGAGCUUUCCCUAUCAAAAUGGUAUCAACAUUCAAUGGCCUUCGUUCUCGAACGUUCCUCUUAAUUCCCAUUUACCACUGCAAACGUAUGUGCCAAUACAAACACAUUUGCCAAUGUUCGAACCAUCAUAUCAGCAGUAUCCUCUCUAUGGUACUCCAAUAAACCAGCCUAUUGCUGGUUUCCAACAAUGGCCACAACUAAUCGCGGAUUAUCCAUCAUCACAACCUCUUCCGUAUCACAGUGAUUUAUCCCAGAACACAGCAAUCUGCGUUGAAUCUUCCUCGGCAGUGCCAGAUCAGAAUGAAGGGGUUGGUGAGAUUGUUUGCUUUGGAAUGAUCCCGUCUAUCGUUGCCAAAUGUGAUCAAAGAGAGACAGCUCACAGCCUACUGGCAUCGUUCCCUGUCGAACUAGAAGGUUCGACUCGUUUUUCUAGCAAAGACCGAUCCGACGUCUCUGGACAGAUACCGCCGGAGUAUAGUCAGAUGAUACAGGAUCUCCUCGACGAGACGUGUCUCGAACUCCACGUCUCGUGCAUCAUUGGUGGUUUUCAAUCUGCGGACGCGAUGAAAUCACCACAUGGUCCCUCAACAAUACCAUGCAGUUUGGAAAUCUCGGUUUACGGCCCUCUGAGUAUCUUUGAAGAGUUGGGAGCCUGGUUUGAGCACUAUCAGGUGUACUUGCAAGAUCCUCGAGAAUGCCAUCGCGAAGUCAGAUACUGUAACCCCCACCGACUCUCAACAGACGACAUUUCCACUUGCUCCCUCCUGUCUGACUUUAUUUCUCAGAGCUCAAGUUCUCUAGAGCUGGUAUCCACUGCUAACCAAUCUGACCUACUGGACGAACUUUGUAGCCAUGAGAACCUUGAGGAAGCUCCCCAGCCCUCGGUCAUUAAGCAAGAACUCAAAAGGCAUCAGAAGCAAGCUCUGACGUUCAUGCUGCGGCGCGAGCAGGGAUGGGCGUUCUCUGAUCACGAUCCAGAUAUUUGGGAGAUGAAGCAUACGGAACAAGGAACAUAUUUCUUGAACCGUGUCUCAGAUGUUCCUCAGUUUGAAGAGCCUCCCCAGUGUUAUGGGGGCAUUGUUGCAGACCCUAUGGGACUUGGAAAGACUUUAACUAUGAUAUCAUUGGUGGCAACAGACUUGGACAACGAUGACAUCGAUAUCGGUAAUGGCGAAGAGUUUCAUGCAGCGAUCCCGACUACUUUAAUCGUUGUGCCACCUUCUCUGAUAGGGACCUGGGAGGAACAGCUUUCUGAGCACGUCGUUCAAGACGGCUUGACCUACUACCGAUAUCAUCGAAAGGGCCGACAAGUAUCUCUCCACCACCUUCAGGCGAAUCACAUCGUUUUGACGACAUACCACACCAUUUCAGCUGAUUGGAGCUCAUCGAAUGGGAUAAACUCUGUCUUAUUCUCGGUUCGCUGGAAAAGGAUUAUUCUUGAUGAAGGCAAGUUCACUAUAACCAACAUCAAUGCCAUCUGUGCGUUGGAUUCGAGGUCUCGAUGGGCCGUCACCGGCACUCCUAUCCAGAAUCGCCUUGGUGACCUCGCCAGUUUGUUCAAAUUUAUCAGAGUCCAUCCCUAUACAGAUCGAAAAUGCUUUGAUGCUGAUAUCUCUCGUCUGUGGAAGAAUGGCGAAUAUCAGGAGGCCAUCAAAAGACUGAAACGUCUCUCGAAGUGUCUGAUACUCCGGCGAGAUAAGGGAACCAUCAGUCUUCCGCCUAGGGAAGAUCUGCAAUGCCCUGUUGACUUCAGCCCGGAAGAACAAGCUUUGUAUGAUAAUUUGAGAGAAGAUACUCUUGUCAGCAUAGACGAAGCGAAAAUCAAGGAUCCAGAUUCCCUCAAACCAGUCGGUUAUGUCCAUGUCCUACAGCGAAUCGAGUCGCUACGGCUCGUCUGUAACAUAGGGCUGCACUACCACACGAGACAUGACAAGGUCAUACGGAACAUUCAAGAAGCCGACGAGUGGACGAGAUCCGCCCAAGAUGCUUUCAAUAUGGAGCGAGAGAUGGUCCCCAUCAUUUGUCUACUGUGUUCAUCAGCAUUGGACAUUACUGAGACCAUGUCAGAAGAUAGAGCCACGGCGUCCCAAACGCCUUUGUUCUUCAGUUGCCUCACCUACGUCUGCGCUGAUUGCGCACAGAGGUCUAGGAACAAUGUCGAAUGCGGCCACAAUCCUCGUUGUGCCAUGGCCCGAAUCUCGAUGAGCGGCGAAUCUCUCGAAAUGGGUUUGCUUGAUAUGCAGACACAGACGAACGUUAGCCUACCAUCUAAAGUAAAAGCUCUAAUUACAGACAUCAGAAACUUGCCGUCACAUACAAAAUGUGUUGUUUUCUCAACCUGGAGAUUAACACUUGACAUCAUCGAAGCCGGCCUAGCACAGUCCUCUAUCUCAAGUGUCCGGUUCGAUGGCAAAGUGCCACAAAAGAGCCGACAGAAUGUGGUGGGCAAAUUCAGAAAUGACCCAUCUAUUCGUGUUAUGCUCUUGACGUUAUCCUGCGGUGCGGCUGGCCUCACUUUGACAGAAGCUACUAGAGCCUAUCUCAUGGAGCCUCACUGGAAUCCAACUAUCGAAGAGCAAGCCCUCGCGCGUAUUCAUCGUAUCGGACAGACGCAAGAGGUCACUACUGUGCGCUUCUUUAUGCGCAACUCGUUUGAGCAUCGUGUGAUUGAAAUGCAAGAAUCAAAGAAGCAUCUGGCAGGAUUGUUACUCUCGCCUGAUGAUGAUGAUGGCUAUGGGAGUGAGAACCUGGGAAGGCUACAGGAAUUAUCAUCUCUUGUGUGA